CGACAGACAGACUUGCUUACCACCCUCACCCAUGAGCCAGCGCCGCACAUUCAACAGACGCAUACAACAAGGUAGCAACGACUCCCGUACCCAUACACAAAUACCAGUCAGCCCAGCAGUCAGUGCCUGUGUGCCUCUCCCUCGCAGCCCUUCUUCUUACAGCCCGCUGCCAUCCGGGCCCUCCUGUACAUAUCAUUGACUGCGAUAUCAACGAAAAUCGACGGCACAUCGUCCACUGGGGGCUGAGACCCAAACACGGAUGGUUGCGAGGCAGCCACGAAGGGCGCAGGGGUCAUGUAAGGGGAGGGAUGCAGCGAGCGGUGGGAUACGGUGUGCCGGGAGGCGAGGCCGCUCUCCGGCGCAGAAAUGGGGAGGAAGACAGGGUCGGGCGGCUGGGGUCGUCGCGGCCAUCGCCGCCUGAAGCCUGGAUGCGGCAACGUCCGGAUGACCUGCUUAUAUCUGUCCUUCCACUUGCCCUUCUCGACCACCACGUCAGUCACGACGGCCAACUCGAACUGCCAGGGUGGAGGGCUCCUCUUGUGCCUUCUGCCGCGCGCAAUCCUCGCCUGCGCCGUCUGAGGCCUCGAUCGACCCCUUCUCCUCCUCGUCCUCUCAGGUGUCUCCCGUCUCUCGUCAGCGGUGCCUCUCGGCCUGUGAUUGUCGGUGUUUCCAUAGACCUGCUCGAUGGCGGCCGCUUCUGGCUGCGGGGCGGGGGCCGGUUGGAGCACGUGCACGAGAUGGUGUACGCCGGGCGUUGAUGCGAUGAUCUGCUCCAGCUCGGGGGGCAGCAUGAAAGGCGGCGGGUACAUCGAGGGGUCCAUCACGGGCAGCGGGUGCACAUCGAAGUCAAGAUGCUCGUCUCGGUCCUUCUUGUGCAGAUAUCUGGUGCCCGAGGAGGCCUCUGUUGGCCACUGAUAUGGCAUGACGCCGGCUCCGUGGGGCAGAGGUACAUACGUGCCGGUGUAGCGCAUUGGGCUGGUUGGCGGUGGCGUGGGAGGGGGCGACGGGGGGACGGGAGUGCGGUGGUGGGCGCUCUGGAUCAUUGCGAUGUGUCGUUGGACCUCGUGAACCUUGUGCAGCAUAUCAUACACCUAGACACCACAGAGAAUGAGACAUACGUCACUGAUCGUUCCAUGCUCGCUGUGGCGGACCAGCGAGGCCGAUGAUGGCUGCUUUCUCAGGAUUUUGCCCCCAGUAGUCGCGCGUCUGGUCGGGACAGGCCCUGCCGUCUUGGGACGGGCCAUCGAGAUGCGAUCCUCGAGUCGCAUCUGUGCCUCAUCCACAGGCAAGCCUUCAGAUGCCCGUGAGGGGCUUCGCCGCAUCACUGGCUCGUCUAUGACCUCUGGCUCGGGUGGAGGGGCGGGCAGAGCGGGGACAGAUGCCGAUGUCUCUAGUCGCUGCGACUCCACUUCCACGGUGGGUUGCUCUGGCUCUUCUGGCGGCGCCGGUGGCCCGGGUGGUAUUUCCACUCGUCCGAUCGACUUGCCGGUGUCGGUAGGCGGUGGUGACACGGGCGCACUCGGCUCCUCCCUCACAGGCUCUUCCUUGGCCAGGUUCUCUUCUUCCUCUCGGCCUUCCUCCUCUUUUGUCUCAGGGACCGUCACCUCAGCCGCAGACGUCUCUUCAUCCUGCUGCCGCGAGACUUCGCUGUAUGGAGUCACGGCUUCACUGUAUGGAGUCACGGCUGUCCAAUCGGUCUGAAAGGUCGCCCGUCUCUCCUGGAAUGCUUCCGGGGGCAGAAUCGGGGGCUCGUGUACUGCUGGCGGCAGCUCGACCACAGCCGGAGUUUCUUCUUCGCUUCUCUCAGAUGCGGGGGACAGGUCGCUGCCCUGCUGAAUCACGUCUUCGAGUCUUUGUAUGGUGUCCAUGCUGACACUCAUCUGGCCGUGGGGGUCGCUGAUGAGAAUUCGUAGAGGGGCGGGGACGGCUUCAGGAAUGGCAUCAGGCUCUUGACUCUCUUCCACCGUAUCGAUCGUCGGUCCAGGUGUUUCCGGCAUGCACCCUGCAUCCUCGUCGUCUUCUUGUGUCUCCACCUGGGGGGCAAUUGGCUCCACCUUCUCUUCCUCGACAGGCCCUUCAAUCCCUCGGUCCUCUUCAGUCGGGACCCCUGGCAGCUCCUCGUCCGCGGGAGGUGCCUCUGGCGUCUCUGUCUUGUCCUCUGCUGGCGGCAUCUCUUCUGUUUCUUCAGCUGGGCCUGGUGCCUCGAAUAUUGCUUCCGAGGGCGGCUCGGAAGGAGGAGGCGAUUCUUUCUUCUCUUCUUCUUCCUCUUCCUCCUUUUCUGCAGGCAGCUUCACCUGCUCAGAAGCAGCAACCUCGGCCUCCUCACCUCCAGCAGGAUGUGGCUCUGGCGCAGCCGGAGAAACGUCUUCCUUCGGCUGGGUGACAGCCUCAACCUGCUCUGUUUUCUCUUCUUCCGGUGGACGUUCCUUCUCAGCUUCGCGUGGGGGCUCUGGGGUGGGCGCAGGGGCUGACGGGGGUGAGGGAGGUGCGGGUGGCGGAGUCGGAGCGGGUGAAGGAGAGGCAGGCUCCGUCGGCCGGGGAGAUGGCGGCUCAGGGCGAAAGGCAGCAGGAAGUGUUGAGCUGAGGCGCCUUUCCCUUUGCUCCGUCACCUCGAUGUUGCACUUCUUCAGGGCUGUUUUCCAUUUCCCUAGGACUGUCGUGAAGUCGCUGCCCAGAGUGGUAAGGGAGCGGCGCAUCUCAGGAGCCUUGUGGACUUCAAAUUGCAGCGCAACAGCAGCCUGACAACGCGAAUGACGGACAGUGUGCUUCUUGCAACGAGUGUAGGAUCCAAGCUCACCCGAUCUGCAGCAUAGAACGUCAUGAUAGGAUAUGUAUCAUCCCGGAGGGUCCUUUUGAGCUGCAUCGAAGGUAUAUUUGCGCACUGCUCUUCCCACAACAGCUCAGGGGAAGCCAAUUGCCUCAGCCGGGCGCCUUUCUCGCUGUCGUCUUCAUCGUUCUCGUCUUUCUGUUCCUCUUCCUCUCCGGACACAGCGAACGACACUCGUGGGCGAGGCGAAGCGGAUGAAUCUGCUGCUCCCUUCGGUAUGGCGAUGGUGACACGACGGCUCCCCGCCCGCUCGAAAGGCGCAGACAUGGACGGCGAAUCCGUAUGGAGCUGCAAUUGCACACAGACGACACCAUGUCGAUCCGGCAGAAGCCCCCGAUUCACCCUUGUCCGUAACCCGGUACCUGAAGCCUGUCUUCCUGCAGCGUGAGACACAACAGCCCCCCGAGCUGAGGAUCACCCUUGCCUUCCACUUUAUCCACAGGCCCGUCGAUCACCCUGCCCCACCCCUCCGCCAGAUAAGUCACUGUCUCGGGUGCCCCGCGGGCAGGGCUGCUCGGCACAGACUUCGCCCCAGAGAGAGACGCAGGUGUGGAGACGGCGAGCGCCGGUUUGCUCUCUUUUUGAAUCCGAAACAGGGUUGACUUUCUCUUGGCUCUGCCGACGAUGGCUUCGCUGGCUGGCGUUUUGGGGGUAAGGGGCACGGCCACAGUGGGGGUCAUCCCGGUCACAGGGGCGUCGGUCUUGAGCUCGCUCAGCUGACCAACAAAGAAAGGGGCAGGGGGAUUGGGACUUCGUCUGCUGCUUGCUUACUGUGACGUGGUCGAGCUUUCUUAUGGCCCUCCUGGCUUUAUUGGCUUCUAUAUACACCUCAGCAGUAUCAAAGGUGGGGCCUCGUUGAAUCGUCUUGAGCACAAUGCUGCUCAUACAAUGCAAACAGGACCCAUGUUCAGUCCCUCGCGGACGAUACACACACUUACAGCUCGGCUUCUUUUGUCUGGAACUCCAUAGACAUCGGACACUGGUACGGCGUGCGGACAAACGCUCGCAAGAACGUCGAUGUCGGCACGCGCCGCACCUCUCUCGCCCCUUCUCCCCUUGGCAAGAAUGACCUGCAGUCACGAACAAAUCGAAUGAGAGAGAGACUCCCGCUGCGUCUCUUUUCCUUCAUUGUGGCGCUCACGAGGGGCUGAAUUUCUCCGUUUGGCUGAAUGAUGGCGGUGCAUUGCCGUGUGCUGGUGUGUUUGGAGAGCUCUUGCUUGUCCCCGGUAGCGAGAUGACGAGCUCCUCCUUCGUGAGGGUGAUGAGGUGCGGAACCCCUUCAUAUUCAUACAUGCCCUCCAGAAGCGGCCUGCCGUCGGCAGUGCCGCCUGGUGUGCUGACUGCAGAUAUCAUUGUCG